GAUGAAGACACCGCAUAAAAAGAUGAUUCCACCUUCUUGUUCUUACAUAUUCGAGAGACGCAACGAACUAAUUUUUGCUGCAUCAACCACAAAUAUUCCAUCGACAUCUCUAGAAACCACGAGAAGCCGAGCAUCAAAAUGCUGUUUGAACGUGAGCUUGCGGAGUUACGGGGUAGCAUCCCGGAUCGCUUUCCGCAUGAGAUUCUUGCAGUCGCACCUUUAGUCGGCCUCACGAAGGGCAUGUACCGCUUUGUGAUCGUCGGAUUACUGGCACAUUUCGCGAUCUACGUGUGUUUAUUGGCUACUGACGUCUUUGCCCAGAGUUGGAAAGCUGUUUUAGCAGAAACGCAACCGGAACUGUCAACACGACGACGGCGUGCGUUGGGACAGGCACGUGCCAGUGCCGGAUCUCCGGCUACGGGUCACGGGACGAGUGGCUACUCCAGCCUCGGGACGAAUACAAAAAGGAGAGUCCUCUACUUAUCAAGUGGGGGGCCUCCUGGACGAAGUAGCGCUCUAAGAUCGUCAAAAGAAGGAGUUUCAAAUGCAGACUUGCUUGCGGUGAUGCUGGAGGCGGUGCCUGAGAAUCAGAGCCCGAGCUUUGAAAGCGCAGAAGAGGAGCGCAGCUCUAUUUUUGGUGAAGAGGGGACCGACACGCUGAGCGAGGCCGAGCUGUUCGCGCGCUUGCAGGACAUCAUCAAUAUUAGCAUACUCGCAGAGAUUGUAAUUUUUGUUGUAUGGCUGCUCGGAUCAUUUUACUAUAAAUAAUCUUUUAUACUGUACUUCAUCUUCAAUGUCGUCAUCUGAUACGAAAAUGUUCGUGCUGUGAUGAAAGUAACUACUUACUUGCAUCAUUCAACUGCGUGGUUUAUAUUUAAAAGUUUUAUCCUCGACCUGAGUGAAUCUUCAGGAUCCACCAAAGAAGUAAGCCCCUAUACGCAUUUCAUUCAUGAGCCGGUCUGUUUUGGAAGGUGAAGCGCAGUGGACGCGAAGGGCUGCCCUGGCAAUGGGACCGAGUGGCAUUUGUGACGGGAGUCUUGUUCCGGAUGUCUGCAGCUGGUGACGUGCUCUGCUUGUGUCACAUUUUCGUCGCAAGAGUAGCUGUUGUGCCUUUGGGCAUGCUGCUUUUCACUACCGUGGGGAUCUGCUUGUUGUGGCAGGUAGUUUUACUACCAUUGCGGUCAAUUUUCACCUUUUUCAUGGAUGCUGAUAGAUUCGAAGCCGAUAAGCCAGAUAGGUGUCUUUGCAGCUGCGCUGCACUUACAGCGUGCGCAUACCGAUGCUGCUGCAUCUCAAGACGAGACGGAACAAGACGCGGCAAUAUAUCAGGGACAGCAACGUUUAUGACAGGCAAGAUGCACGAAAUGAUUUCGUCGCUGCAAAUUGAACCUUGCAAAUAGCUAGAUCUAUUCCUAUUUUAUUAUAUGUCAGAAAGUUAUGACAAAAAAUAUAUAAUGAAUGUUUGGUGAACCGGUACCCUGGAGGGAACUAGUGGGUGCACAUAGCGCGAGAACCGAGCACUUCUCUGAGGCAUGCACUGGCUUCGGCCGCCUCAGAUGCGAAGACCUCCAGGGCAGAAGGACGAACGCGCGGCGCCUAAAAUAAACGGAUCCUAUUAAUAUAAACGUGGCCACUAGCACUAUAGUUCUUAUUUAGAUAUUUGGAUUACUUGACUCUUUUGGUUUUUUGUUUCUUAGUUAGGUGUGCUCCACCGAUAUAAUGAAGAAGAAGAUAAUGAUUGUCAAUCAGGCGCAUCGAGAUGAAAAUUCUGAAUUACUAGUCACAAGAAUUAGUCCAAGUAGAAUCGAUAUCGACGAACGUCUUUUUGUUUCAUAUGCGCAUUCGCCAUGCUGUUUUUACGGAGUUCGGAGCGAUUCGUCAAUGCGUUGCGUCGGAUAGCGGGAGCUCGCCCACCACCUGGUGGAAAUCCACUACCUGCCAGAGAAUUAGACGACGUGGUCACUUCUGCGUCCAGUGGGGUGGAUUUCGUAGCGUUCCCGAAUACUAUUAUUACGGGUAGGUUAGAGGUGGUGCUUUUGUAGUUAUACCGUUUCUUGUUAUGGAGGCUCAUCCCGAUCUCCUAAGGGGCGGGACGGCCAUAACAAAGAACGAGAUAAACGAACACCAACAACCUACCUCUAAUUUUACAACUACUAAUACAACAAGUCUCCAGGUGGACGAGACAGGUGGAGUAGAAUCAACAGAAGACGCGGCGAGUGCGACACGUAGAAGUGGCACGACCCCUGGUCGUGAAGAGCGAGAAGGAUCUCAACAAACGUUAUUAGCAGCAUCCGAUAGGAGUAGAGAUGAUAGAGAUCGAGAUGAAGAGAGGCCGCAGGCAGGAGCUGAAGAUAUUCAGACAGCAGAAAACAUAAACAAUGCAGGAGGAGUUGAAGACAACAACGUUGACGCAUCAGGAGGCACAACUACGUCUUCGGCUCCACUAGCUGUGGUCGAUGCGGAGAAUCCGGUAACAGGCUUCCUACUGGCGACGAAUAAUAUCGCAGCAGCGCGACAAGUCGCUUUCGCGCACAAAGCGGCGCAUUGCGCUGCGAGCAUGAACUUGAACCUGGUGUAUGCGACGCUAGUGCGGCAUUUCAUCCCCUACGCGGCAACGGAGGAUCUCGAUUUCCAGAUAACCGUAACGGGAUUUUUUCGCUGUCUCGCACACGAUCUGGUCGCAGCGGUCCUCAAGUUCUUCUACCUUCUAUUAAGGCUUUCCCACCUAAGUCAUCCAUCUUCCGAAGAUCUUCUAGUGAAUGAGCUCUAAUUCUGGAUUACGACUUCGCGAACUCCUUCGUUCUAUUCUCUCUCGUACUCAACCUCUGCUGCAUGGUGUGUGGCACUCUCUACACAAUAUCGGAUCGGCUCCACCAGCAUCCGGAAUUAGAAACAUUUGAGGACCUGGAUGACGCAUAAGAAGUUGGCCUGGGAGAAGUUUGAAGAGAAAAGAUGCUUUAUGUUCAUGACACAUACAGAAAAAUUAAAUUUAACAUUAUUCUUUUUCUUUUGAAAUUUUUCUGGCGCUGCACCAGAGCUUUAUUUCUU